AUGGCCUCAAGCACUCUUGUUUUCGAGCAAGAUGCGACUUUGGAAGGGAUAAAGGUUUGUUGUGUUCUGCUCCCUCUUUGAAAUUGAAACUAAACCGCUUCAUAUACAAAACCUCAUUAGCUCGGCGAUAAUAUUUUAUCGCCGCGACAAAAUUAAAAUCUUUGAAAACAUCUCUGUUAGAAAUUCUUCUAAAGUUAGUUUUAAUCUUACUGGACAGCUCGCGGUUUUUGUUAGCGUCCGCGCGCUUUGUUUUGCUUGAUUGCGAAAUGCUGGACCGGUUUUCUUCGAUUCCCGAUAUUUUAUUAAUUGCUUCGACUGUUUGACCUCUCUGCCAUCGUUAUAUGGUAUUUAUAUGCCUUCAAAAGAAGCUUGUGUAUCGUGGAAAACGUGUAUGAUAGUCAUCACUUCUUUAAGGUCAUCUUAAAUGAACUGGAACGUUAACAGUAUAUGUUUUUCAUCACAUGUUGCGAUCGACGUACCUACGUGAAAGUGCGGCCUCCCUCAGUUGUUAAGCCCGUGUGUUACUUAUGGCUAACCCUAUCCCGAUCGAUAGCUUAUUUAACUGAAUUAAGACAACUCCAAAUUCGGUUCCAAAAAUUUGUAGCAAAAAUUGGGUUUUACUUUAAAAGAGCGAGGUGAUUAUAAAUGAUUUCUUCAAAAAAUUAUGUUCAGAGGUUUGACUUUAUGCUCGAAGUAAAAGCGCGCGGAUUAGUUUUGUGCAAGCAGACUUGUUCUUAGGUUGUUGUAAAGCUUCGAUUAUAUUUCUUCAUACAAAAGAGGUCAAGUUUUAGAUUAGGUUGAUGAUAAAAUGAUAACGUUAUGCUCGGGAGCUACAAUGUAGCCUAGCCACGCUAAUAAUUAUUCUCUCCUUAGUCUGUAUUGUGUUUUUCGACUUGUCACUUCAUUGCUAUGGUAAAUGUUUACACUGUCACCAGGGAUUAUGUUUUUGGUUGUCAGAACACGUAAAUCGUCCGUACUUGAUGUGAAUUUCAGAGAGUUUUAAUUUCAACGUCACUCUUCUAUCUAAUAUUACUUUCUAUCUAAUGUUGAAAUUGCAAUACGUUCUUUUUAUCUCUUCAUUUAAUCUGUCUUUCACGACCCACAACUUUUGACAGGUCUAGAAGCCCAAGUGUUUUUUGCGCCGUAGGUUGCAUUUAAAGAACCUAAAGUGAUCAAAACGUUUGUUGAAAAUUGCUGCGAGCUGUCACUCUCCGUAAACGAAACUAAUUAAAUGUUUAUUUGUGAAAUAAUAGUAUCCUCUAAAAAUCUGUGCAACUUGACAAAUGUGUUUGUUUUGUUUGCUUUUCUUUGUUGCCUUAUGGUGUGCUUUACAAAGUGCAAAAUGUGAGCAAAACACCAUGAAAAGCAUUUAAUAAAUAUUGCAUCAGCAGUGAAUAGUAUUACUUUAAUUGAUUUAUUGUUGAGUUUUUGGUUUUGCUUUUAAAGAAUGUUAUUUUCAAGUUUAAAAAUCUGUACAGUGCUUUCACUUCAAUAGUGUCAUAUGUCCUCUGAAACUUCUGACACAGCCAGAGGACGGAACUAGCAGUUUUCCAUUCUCAAGAAAAAAGGUGGAGUUUGCCCAAAAAUGAACCUUAAGUUUUCAAGAAAGAACAAAUAGCUCAACAAUGGCUAAGAGGCUGUUCAACUGCAAAAAGUUUUUUGAUUAAGCAUGUUUUUUUAAAGAGCCUUUGUUACCUUCCUUUAACGUGUACAGUGGAAUUUAAUUUUUUUAAACCUCCUUGGAAUGGAAAUAAUUGAUUUGAAAAAUUACAGAUCUUUAGGAGUAAAGUUACAGUUUUGGUAGGAGAAGGAAUUUUUCAGUUUUGGUAAAAUGUUUGGAGGCUUGAAGAAUUGUAAAUGUGAAGGAAGUGAAUUUACUGUCCACACACACAAGCAAAAAUGGUUUGUAUGAAUUACAGUGUCCUAAAAACAGUGUUUUAAAGAUGUUUUUUAAAUGGAAAUCACAGAUGUAUUGAGCCACACUGAAUAAAAUGUAAAACUGAUUAAAUUUGUGAAUUUUCGUAACAUAUUAUUUAUGUCAUAUAUAUAUAAUUUGUCAUAAUGUGUUUUUUUAAUCUCUUCUCAGGAAAAACUGCAGCAAGAGCAAUCUGUUACCAAACUGGUAUUGAGACACUGCAAUGCUGUUUCAUCAAGUGAUCUUCAAGUUCUUUUGGAACAUAUAAACCCAGACCUUGAUGUUCUGUCUGUUCAUAACUGUCAAUCAUUUGAUGAUGAUUUUGCUGGCAGGAUAUCAGAGCACUGCUCAAAACUCACAAGCAUUUCUUUUACUGGGAACUGUGGGAUGCUUUCAGCCACAGGAAUAUCUUUAUUUGUGAAGAACUGCAAGAGUCUGAAACAUGUAACAAUAAUGUCAACUGAUUGUGAUGACUUGGCAGUGGAUGAAGAUGACAACAAGGAUGAUAGUGAUAAUAACAACAAAAGCUGGCUUCUUAAUGAUGAUAUUUUUGCUUUAUUUCUUGAGAGGACAGACUUGCAACUUGAGCACUUUGCUCUUUGUGGCUUUGAAGAUAUAACAUCGAAAGGUUUAAAACAGUUCUUAGCUCACGUUUCAUCAAAUCUAAAGUCUCUGGAUGUUAGUGAACUUUCUGCUGUUAAUGAUAACACGGUUGAAGGAUUGAAUGAUGUAUGUUCAAAUUUAACAGAUGUAUCAUUUAGUCACUGUAAGCUCACUGAUGAAGGUGUUCAAAUAUUUUGCUCAAAAUGCAAGAUGCUUCAAUCUGUUAACCUUAGUGGCUGUCAAGAUAUUUCUGAUGAUUCAAUUGUUGCUCUUUCAUCAAACUGUUCUUUGUUGAAAAGGGUAGAACUUGGAUGGUGCAUUAACUUGACUGAAAAGUCGUUAUGUGCUUUGGUAAAGAACUGUAGUAAUUUGACACAUGUUGACAUGUCACAAUGUGCAAUAAAACACUUGCCUUUUGAAAUAUUGGAUCAUUCAUCACUUCAGGAACUGAAAUUAAACGGUUGCACCUCCCUCAGGUGCCCUCCAUUGCAGACUGUUACCAAAGGACUUGAAUCUUGUCGUGAAUUUCUCAAGAAAUGCAACCUGCAGUCUUUAUGCCGAAUGACUUUCCUUGGUAAUCAAGGAAGUGGAAAAACAAGUUUAAUGUCAAGCCUUCCCACAAUGGUGCAAUCUGUCGCAGACACAUCAACUGAAGGGGUACAUGUGUCUUCUUGGAAACCAUUCAAGAGUGGGAAAGGUAAGCCUCACUUUACAGCAUGGGAUAACCAGCAAAUGUAGUGCCAAUUAAUAUGACGGUGACUAAUCCAAUAUUAAAUUCAAGCAGUAGAGUACAAAUAACACUCAAAAUGAGUACAAAUAUCUCAUGGUAUUUGUACUUCAGAGGACUGGUUUUGACUGAUUUUCUUCAAACAUCUCACAUGUAUGGGAUGUCUUGAAAACAAAGACCCCUAAGACUUUGGAGUCUUUGUUUUCAAGACACCUCACAUGUAUGGCAGAAUAACAACUUAUACAAAUACAAGUGAGAAGAUGAAAACAAACCUGAAGUAAACAACAUCCAUAAAUACUGUACAGUCCCUUCAGAGGAACUGAUCAGUUUAAAUCACUUCUAGUUUGGUUUUAUAAGCUAAGUGUGAGGAAACUCGAGGUGGUAGACUCUAAAGGUUCUCUCAAGACUUUUUGAGAGUAUUAAUCCCAGUGAAGUUGAGGCUUCAAGUCCUUUGUUUACAAGUAGCUCUGUGAAGCUCCUUGAAUUGGGAGAUUUUUCUUCUUUGCAUUGCAAUUUGUUCUGCUCAUUUUUUUUUCUACUUAGUGGAGACCAUGAUAAGCCUCACAAUUUAUUUGUCAAUCUGUCACUGUUUUACUGGCAAGACAUGGUUGAAAGGUAGAACCUCAAAGCGCUGAUGAUAAGCAAAAAAAAUUAUUUACUGAGUAAACCAGUUUGACAAGUUUUCCUUUCUGACCAAUCAGCAAUGAUGUUGCACCCCAUGCAUGAAAACUACAAAGGAGUCAUGUUAGUCUGUCACGCACUUUUGUUAUAUGGGCUCACCAAAAUACAGUGUGAUUUGAAAAAUAUCCCACAACACACCAAACCAUUCAAUAAGAUAACUAUUCUCUUUGAUGCUGAAUUGAAAGUUUUCAGUAGAAUCUGCUCAACUGUGUAGUGGUGUAAUAUGUAGUGAAUAAAUUCAGCCUAAGGGGUGGACAAGUACAUAAAAAAUAUUGUAUAUUAAUUGCGUAUCACUGGCACAAUUUUGUUUUUGACUUUGUAAUGAGCUUGUUUAGCAAGGAAUAGCAUUGUCGUUCCCAGUUCCUUUGUACCCUAGAGAAUGAGUUGAGAUUCCACUCACUGUAGGACAGCUGUGUUAUGUCUGACCUUACUUUACCCUCCUUGAGUGCCAGAGAACAUAAUUUUAUCAAAAAUUGUAUCAUUCUUACCCAUUUUAAGCACUCAUUUAUUUUUUAAAAAUUAAGAGUCUAUUGACCUUGGAACAGAUGUGAAUGAAAAGAUGCUGUCACUUACAGUUGAGAUGUGGGACUGUGGAGGAAGAGCAGUAAGUCCUUUUUUGAUCCAGUUCAAAUAUUUAAAUGAAAUAUUAAUCCUAAUUGAUAAUAUUGUGGAAGACUUUUUAAUAGACUUGUAGUUAUUGAUAGUAGACUGCUUGAACUGAUGUGAAGGAACCAGUAUUGUAGUACUGUAAGUAGAAUUCAGGAAACUUUUCUUAUCAUUUUUUUUUUUGCAGUGCCUUCAGGGUGUCCAUCCAUUGUUCUUGAGUGAACAUUCACUGUACGUCAUUGUAUUUAAUGUCCAUGAUCCAUUCAAGAUUGAGUCUGUCUUAAGAUGGAUGCUUCUUAUGAGGUCAAAGGCAAGUGACUCAAAUUAUGUACAAUUUAUAAAAAAGGCUUUAAUUUAAACACUCAGACAGUUUGGGUUGGUAAUCCAGCAGCUCUGAUUGUAGCUGUCUUGACAAACCCCAUUUGAUAAAAACUAAUAACAUACAAGGCUGUGGUCUAAGAAAAAUUAAAGGGAUUCCAGUGCUCUACGCCUGUGAAAUCCAGGGAGUCCAGUAUAGGAUUUCUAUGAGAAAAGGUAAGAUUUUCUGGUCGCCUGGUAACAAAAGUUAGGUGCUAGGGCCCUGCACUGAGCACUGCUAGAGCACAGCCUUGACAUAUUUCCAUACAUUGUAAAUGACCUUUCUGCUGCCUCUUACUUCAUACUAUGGCUGUGCUACUGUGCUGCCUUGAUGACCUUCCUACCCCUUAAUCCUAUUACCUUCCUACUCAAUGCCCCGUUCUAAAACCCAUGUCCUCUGCCUCUGCCAUUGCUUUAUCUUAGAACACUUUGUAACUUUUUCUUUCCACUGGGCUAUCCUGCUGCUCUUUCCCAGCAGUGAAGGCUCUUACUGACCUUCUUCUAUCACCUUAUCCCAUUGCUCCACAUACUGCCCUCUUCCACUAUCCCUCACCACCACCCAUUCUCCUACCCUAUGCCACUGCCCUGUCCCACACCAUAUCCAAUUAUCCUGCUCUAUCGCUGUGCUGCACCCUAUGUCCCCCUACCCUUCCACUGCCCCAUGUGACAAUUUCACCACUAUGACAUCUUUCAGAGAAAAAGCGAAUUAGAGCAUGAACUCAGGAAUUUGUAUUGACUUAAUUCUGGAAUAGGAUAUACACAGAAUAAUCCUGAACAUGAUUGUUUGAUUGACCUGCUUUUCCAGUUCUGGAAUAAGAAAAUGUAUGUAUAUUCCAAACAGUCAUUUCCAAGGUCAAGUGGAGCAGAAUGCUUGGAAUAAUUAGGAAUAAAGAUAUCAUUUUACUUGCUUUUGGUUUUCUUUAAAUUUAUUUAAUAAAGGCAAUAGUGACAACAAAACGACUUUUAAAUGAGGAAGAUGACAUUCUCCUCACUAAAGGUUACCUCAAAAUUAAGAACCUAGGUUAUGCCAUUUUAUAUACUUCAAAACACUAUUAACAUUUUACUGAUAUAUUUUCCAGGCACCUGCUUCUCCAUUUGUUGUAGUUGGAACACAUGCUGACAAUGCUGAUGACUGGAGUCCACUUGGAAAUGAGGUUCUUGGGGCACUUAAAAAAGCUGAUUCAAAUCAGAGACAGGAAAUCCAAACUGAAAUAAACAUGUUGAGGUAGGAUGACUGGAAAGGACAAUCAGUGAUCAAUCUUUCUCAUUUUAAUUCCCUGUUCGUUCGACAUUACAUGAUCUUGUUAACAUACAAUGUAAGCCCGACCUAUGGGAAAUAUUUUAAUUAUCUUAUAGCAACAGGUUAACUUUAGCGAAUUUGAAAAAUCUUUAUUUAGCGGCACUUUGAUUUAGGGGUUUUUCUUAAGUUUUGGAACAUAAGUCACUAAAUUUUUGCAAUUUCAUGAAUUGACACUUCAGUGAAUAAGGUAAUCAAAACUUUGACGACAUCAAUAGAACAUUUAUGUAAGUAAUAAAAUCAUAUGAUUUUAUUACUUACUUCUCAUUGAUAUUGUGUUAAGUAAUUUCUGCAAUCAAUAUGACUUGUCUUCCACCAGGGGUUUGAGGCAAGACAAAUGCAUAGAAUUAAGAAUCAACACACUUGAGAACCUGGUAAAACACUGGUCGAGCUUGCCACAGCAAGUGCACUUUGUAAGCACACUGAAAGGAAAGGUAACUUAAUCCAUUGAUUUCUUCACUAUUAAUAGUUUCUUUUAACAAUUAUGAAUGUGUUGCUGAGCCACGUAGAACCACUUGUGAAAUCCACUGGGUGACCAGCAAACGGUUUUCUUUGAAAAAUGUCAUAUUUUCAAGUUGCUUUGGUGAAAAAGUUAAGUGCCAGGGGCCUGCACCGGGCACUGCUAGAGCUCAGUCUUGUCUGAAGAUAGGCCUGCUUGCUGAAGUAUUUCAGUUCACCCCUAUAUAAUACCAGAAUUUCAAAUAAAAUCUACCUGUUUCCUGCAGGAACAAAUAUUAGACUUUUUGGUAUUUUUGGUAAGAUUUCAGGGUGCAAAAUUUAUUCAUUCACUAAAUCACAACAUGCAAUAUACAAAGUGCUGCUGCUAAUAUCUUUCUUUUUAAAUCUAGAUUGAAAACAAUUAUUACAACUCCUUUGCUGAUUCUCCGCUUGUAAAGAAUACUUGUUUUUUGCUGCUUUUUGUCUGUUUAGUGUGUUUUGUUUUGCUCGCUUCUUAUCCUAACUUACAUUUCAACAUGAUUUUGCCGCAUGGUUGUUUAUAUAUUUCUAGUCUUAGGUUAGGUGGGAGCUCAUGUAAUAAGCCCCUACUGUUUCAAUUUGAGCUUCCUCACCAGAAAAAUACCUCUGAUUCUUCCACUCAUGUAACUUACGUCACUUUUCACCUUUAACUAUAGCUUUUCCUGGUAGGCAGUUCAUACAUUGUCUCUUGUUUAAACCUCUCUGCAACUGCCACCUCUGUACAAUGGCAACCCCGAGCUACUAAAGCAUUUCCCAACUGCCAAAAUCACCUCUCGAAAAUGGCCAGUUUUUUCAGCAACUGAUGAAAAAAUUAAUAAUGGUCAUGAAAUGUGAUUGUAUGGCGCGUUGAUUAUUAAUCGCAGGAAUCAUAAUUAUUAUUUUAAUUGUGUACGGUUUAUACUGCUGCAGUAAGAAUAAAUUAUUUCAAUACUUAUGGCGAAUGUUGUGAACCUUUCUCGUUUUGUCCUGUUUACAUUUUGAUUCAAAACAUUUAGUCAAGGUUUUUGUGUAUUUUAUCUCAAUAUAAGUCUUAUUUAUCAUUGAUUACCAUUAUGAGAUAAUACAGUAAGCACAAACUUAGCACAAUGAACAUGUUGUGUACCCUUUAAAAAAUUGUCAAAUUAUCCCCCUACCUCCCCAUAGCAGCCACCUCUCCACAACCUCCACUUUCUUCUGUCCGUAAGGUGGCCGUUGUGGAGAGUUUUGACUGCAUAUUUUUUCUGGCAAUUAUGAAAACUGAAACUGAUCUUUGUUCCAUUUCCUGCUUUUUGCCUUUUUAGUUAGCUAUUUUAAAUAACACUUACACUACUUUUUUUGUCACAUUUAGAGUCAUCAUAGCCGAUAAUAUCACAGCUUAACUAACAGACUGACAACCAUAAUAUCGCAACUUUUAAGUUAAAAUUAACAUCAUGUCAUAAUAACCGGAGUUUAAUAACAUUAACUGUCAUGAUACAACUCACUUGACACUGAAGAUGACUUAAUACCGUCACAACUGGACAGUAAUUGUCAAUGACAUGAGUCCUAAAUUCAGGACUAUACUCACCUGACGCACAGAUGAUCAUAUUCCAGCUACUUACUAUUUUUUCUCCUUUGCAGGGCAUGACGGAGCUGCAACAUACUAUCACUCAAACAUUAAUGGAUUCAACAUUAUUCCCUCACUUAACAGAAGACAUUAGCCAAGCUAUAAUAUACCUUCAUUGUGAAAUCCUGCAGUUACGUGAGAACAAUACAAUGCUCUUGUCUUGGGAUCAGUACGUAGGAUUGGCAUCAGAUGCAGGAAUUACAGAUGAUGCUGUUAUGAAAGCAACAGCAGUUUUAGAGUGUAAGGUAAGGUUAACACCUUAGUUGCUCUCAUCUAAUUCCCAUUCAGGAGUUUCAAUGAAAACUAAAGUAACCAGCAAGUUAAUUAACUGCUUGUAUCAAAGGGACGUUAGGCUCCUUUCUCGAGGGGUGUCUGGGGGUGUGCUCUGCCAGAAAAAUUUGAUAUUUCAAAGCCCUUAAAUGUGAUUGCUAGCUAUCUGGGGACUAAAUGAAUUAAAAAAGAACAUGACUGUAUUUCAUUAAAGAAAAUGUUGCUUUCAUUUAAGGUUCAAUGAACAAAUGACAAGAAUUAAAUUGUGUACAUUUGGAUGUGAACAAAUUUUGUGUAAACCUAUAUAAAAGUGGUGAAAAAUUGACUGAAAUAGCGUUCAUGUAACCAAAGCAUAACAAAACCACUGGGCCUUUUUUGGGCCAGAUUUUAUGAAAUUUUUUCUUUUUUGCAACUUGUAAAACUAGUUGCAUCUUCUUUCAGGAAAAAUAGCUGACUUCUCUUGGCAAAGUAGUCACUGUAGAAGACAUGUUUCCUUGGUUGUCAUGCAGUGCUUAUUGAGACCCAUGUCCAUUAGUGAAAUGAAAUUCACACUUUACUGACAUGUACAGUUCCAGAAAUAUGCUUGCUCAAAAUAUUGAUAAUAUUGUUCAUAAUUUGUGGCUUUUGCAGGGUUGUAUUGUGGUCUUUAGCAUUCCCACAUCUUACCAGAACCAAGGCCCUUCCAGGACUGUUUGUGUGAACCCUAGUGCUCUCUUGAACUGCAUAGCAGGGGUCCUUUGUGAGACAGAUCCCCGUGAAUAUGUCCCUCAGUUUGUUAAGGCUGGUAAAGUGGAGAGGUUCUGGCCCACAGGUGCAAAACCCAAUGAAUGGACUUUGAGAGCAGCCAUUGAUGACAUUGUGAGCAAAGGAUUUGUGCGAGAGUCAGUUGUGCCACUAUGUUUUCAGGUAAAAUUUGUUAGAAUUUUUUUCUCACCUUGUUUUCCGUCAUCUUCCUUUUAAAAUGUAGUAAAUAUCUGCUUUUCAUGCUGCCAAAAAGCUCACCAGUUGGUAAAUUUUCCUUGAAGACAAAUCAGUUAAACACGGCAUUGAUUUAUCAUUAGAUUCCCACACUUCUUGAUGAAGCAGAGCUACAGACUGUGAUCACUUUGUUCAGAAGCCUGGGUUUCCUGGUGGAAGGUGCUCCGAAGGGGAACUAUGAUGUUGAACUAGUGAUGUCGCAGUACAAAACUUGUUCAGUGUUCAAAAGGUACUACCUCCCGCUCAUGCCCAAGCUACCUACAGAUCCAAAGGUAAUUAGACUGAAUCAAUUUAAUUUUAGAAUUUAUCUCUUUAGAAAGAAUAGUACUCUGAAUACUGGCUAAAGAAAAAAAUUGUUCAUACCUUUAGAUAGAUCCAAAAGUAAAAGUUACCUAUUCUAAAAACUAACAACUUCUUGUGUUUGUCAGGCAAAUGUGAAUGAUUACUUUUGUAAAAAAUUGUGGAAGUUCAAAACAAUCUUUAGGUGAAAAUGAUUUUUUGUUUGUCUUCUGUAGCUCUAAUAAUUUUAUUCAGUUUCUUUUGACUCCUUCCUCUAAUUAAUAGUUAAGGUUAGGCAGGGAUGUGGAUAGCUAAGGAAAAGCUAAGGAAGCUUUCUUAUUAAGUGUAUCUUGAAAUAUGCUUUGCUUUCUAAAGAAUUACAGAUGUAUGUACGGACUUGCCUCCCAUUAAGAUGUGUGUGAUACAAAGAAGUCUUGUUGGAUAUUUUGUUAUACACCAGUUGAAAGUCUUGCCUAAAUAGCAUGCAUAUAAUGUGUUUUACAUUAGGAUGAAACUGUAUGGCCCAGUUCCCUCCCAGAAGGUCACAUCCAGGUGGGAUGGCGUUACAAUUUCCACGAUCACGUGACUGUUGACAGUAUAGCACCACUGUUAAUAGGUGCAUGCGCCAACUUGAAGCCUUCCUGUGAAAUUCUCUCAUACUGGAACUCUGGUGCCAUUUUGAAAGUUGGUCCUGUGACUGUGAAGAUAUCACGUGAUAAUACUACCCUGGAUGUGAUUGGUCGGUGUAAGAUCACAGACGGAAGUAAGCAGGCCCUUAUCAUGACGUGGAUCGUUUUGGCCAAGUAUUUCCAUGUGAAUGAAACUUUACUGAUGAAUUAUAAAGGGACGUGUCCCGAGGUGAGAAAAAUGUGUUAAUCUGGGACCUGAGACUGGAAUACAGCAAUCUAUCAACAGCUACCUCUUUAAGACAGAUACUGUAUUUCCUUGAAUAAUAGCCGGGGGUGAUUAUUUCUUUUUUGGACCCAAAAGGGGGCAAUUACUCAAAGGAGGCGAUUAUUUCAAACAUUGCUUAAUAGAAAUCAUGCCCUAAAGAUUUUGUCUUAAUCACAUCAAAUAUACUGAACAUUGACAUUUAAAGUGUUCCAAAUUUGGUUCCUUGAUUAAUUUUCAAUGUCAAUGUCCUCGGUGUCAGAGCUUGAAUCGUCACUGAUCAGUUUUGCUGGAUCAAACUCCACUUUAGCUUCAUCCUUCAAGUUUACAGCUGUGGGUAUCCCUAGUGGGUAACCGAUAUGGAAACGGGGGGGGGUUAUUUGAGGAAGGCAAUUAUUUUGAACAUUUCGGUCAAAGGGGAACGAUUAUUCAAGGGAGGUGAUUAAUCGAGGGAUGGCUACUAUUCAAGGAAGUACGGUACCUUGCUAAGACAGGCAGCUAGAGUUGGUCCCUGGCUUUCUUUACUUCUUCUGAGUUGACUCUCUGUAAGAUGAACAUCUCUUUAGACAGACGCUUAGUAUCAGUCCCAAGGUCUUUGUCUUAAGGACCGUUGACUGAACUGUAACUUAAUGUUCCAUGAGAUAGUGAGAAGUCAGACGAGGUAAUUUAGGACAUUUGAAACCGUUAACAAAAACAUAUUUUACUCAAAUACAUGUAGUUCAGGUAAAAAUGAACUAAAGCCCUGCUUACAACCAUCAACAUUUCAGUUGUAGAACUCCAAUACCUCUUGCAGUUGUUUUAUUAUUGUCAGAAGUUCAAGGGUGAUCAUCCUAUGUAUAAUAAUGUAACAUGUAUUUACUCAACAAUGUCUGCUAUGCAAUGCUAUGUCAGCUAAUGUUUUUUUAACCAGUGUCACUUUUCAACAGAUCACUGUGCCAAUCGUUGGCUGCAACCGACCCAAGCAUAAACCACUUCAUGAGUUAGUGAGUGAAUACAAUUCACAAGUGACACAUCACACAAACUAUUGCUGGUUUAUACCACCUGCAGGUGAGACAAACAAUCUGGCUGUGUUUGAGCCUUGUGUAGAUGUUUACCUAUAAGAAUAUGAAGAUCUCUAUAUUAGCAAUUAAAGGGAGAAUUGAUUGGAAGGUGCCUACGGCUCUAUGAGCUGUAUUUUAUGACUGGGAAGGAACAACAAUAUUCCAAGAUGCACUAUCAAUUUUUGAUUUUUUCGUUCCUUUCUUUUCCUUUUUGUUCCCAGCUUUGGAUACUGAUGAACACAUUGAAAUUCCAGAAGACACAAUCAGUUGGCUGGCUGGUAUUGCCUGUAAGUAUUUUUACUUUACUUAGUACGUUAAUUUGUGACAUUGAUCCUUUACGCAGGUUUCCAUUUUUUGUGGUAACUCUGUUUGACUCUGAGUGAGUAGGUCUUUUUAAACAUUGCCUAAUUUAUGGGCAAAAUCCCAGUCCUUGUUUCUUUUUCGGUGGAAUUCUGUUGGUCUUGUUUUCAUGCUUUUAAAUUUGGGAGUAACUGCACAAUACCCGGCCAUUUUUAGCACUAGCUGUCCGUCUUAGAGAGAUGUCCGUCUUAUCGAAAGUCAAAUAGAGAGAGCUAAGAAAGGCAGGGGCCAACUCUAGGUGUCCGUUUUACAGAGGUGUCUGUCUUAUAGAGGUGUCCGUUAAGAGAGAGCUGACUAGCCCUAAAACAGUGGCUACGUGGCUACGCUGCUAUGUGAGAGACUACAUAGCCGCAUAGCCACUGUUUUAGGGGUAUACUAGCUGGGUAUUCUUGCAGUUAAGCCUAAACUUGAAAUUGAAAUACAGGCCUUUGUCAACCUUGUUGCAUUUUUUGUGACUUAUUAUUGAUCCUCAAAUGCAGUGCAUAUCACUUCCAGGCGAGUUACAACUCGAUGCCAAAGUUAGUUUAUGUAUGACUCACGCUUGUAAUAUUUUUCUUAGGUAAAUCCAUGUUAUACGUUAGUUAUCACCCCGACCAACAGCAUGAGGUCAAGCUUCUGAAGCAAUUUCUGGACUUGGCCGGGUUUGACUGCCUUGGGGAUUGGGCACUAGCUGGUAAAACAGGACCAGAACUGAUUGAAACACGUCGCAAGCAAAUCGCGGGCUCAUCGCUGUUCCUUGCCUUUGUCACACCGCAGUAAGUAAACAUUGAACUUAGUUAUGAUAUUCAACCUACAGAAUCAAGCCUGAGAAUACAGUCGUCUCUCCUCGCUCCUAAUACCGCAAAAAUGAGUUGUUUGAAGGAAGAUCAGUGCGGCAAAUCCCAGCGUAGCUGUAAAUAAACCAUAUGAGUUGUUUUGUUGACUUGGACUGGACUUGCGUUAAUCACCUUCGGGCAGUUCGGUCCAGGCAGAACAGGGCGCGCAUCUUCACUUGCAGGGAUUGAUAUCUUCAGCAGGUUAACAUAGAUAGAGCCUCUUUUAUUCAGACCCCAGUUGUUCAAAAGCUGGAUAGUGCUAUCCAUCGGAUAAAUCUCUGUCCAGUGGAUAAGUAUUAGGGGAAACCAAUUGCACUAUCCACUGGAUAGAGAUUUAUCCGGUGGAUAGCGCUAUCCACCUUUUGAAGAAUUGGGCGUGACCUUCAACCCGUAAAUUUGCAGGAACGAUAUUCGGAGGUGGUUUUCGAAUUUUACUACAGAUUCCAAAAUACAUCCAGUACUAGUAUAAGAUGCGUACAUAAACACUGCUUCACUGAUUUUUGUUGAACCCAUAUUUUCGUUGAAUUGCUAUUCCCUCUUGCAAAUUGUGUUUGCCAACAACACUAAGUCUGGUGCGGGUAAUGUGACACAGGGAGAAGUAGGAAAGGAAAGCUAUCCCUUCGUAGGGGGGGGGGGGGAGAAUAGGUUCUGCACAGUAAGCAGUGGUUGUUCCAGAUGGCGACAGAUGCCUGCUUUUGCUUCUGAUUUGUUGUUUGGGCCAUCAGUGCUGUGCUUUGAUUGGUUGGAUGUAUGUAAUGCACUUUGCUUCCUGGCUGUUGGUUUCAGAUUGAAUAUUUUUCCUUGGUUGCCAGAAAUGUUUUAUGCGUGUUUCAAGAUUUCGUCAAGUCCUUUUCCGGGGGCACGCAACGACUUUUUUCUUACUAGGAGAAGCAAAUAUUGGUUAGAAAUUUCUAAAGCUCAAGAAAGGCUAAAAAUGUCUGAACGAUAUCACUCUUCUAAGAGUACGCAGAGUUUGUAUAUGAAAUUGACUGCAAUUUUCAGAGGUUGGGUUUUUCACAUUUUGUUACUACGAGAUUGCGAUAAUUGAAAAAAUUUUAGUAAGAAAAAAAUUCCCCUAGAAUCUUCUAAUGAAUGUUCAGCUACUCUAUGUCCUGGAACUUUCGAACGGAACCAUCAGGGUAAUAGCCAACAGUUUCGAAUGAGACGGCCAAACUCCCCCAAAAACUUCCGAACAGAUAAAUGAGUUUAAGGCCAGCUCCAAGUUAAUUAUCUUAUCAGGCUUUUAAAAAGCAUGCAGAAAACCAUUUGAGAGACUUCUGACGUAUUUGAAACAUUCGGUCGUUUCCUUGGGUGCGUGCCCCUGUUUAUAGUGACCCGCGCGUGAAAAGUAUUCUCGCGCGGGCUCGUACCGAACCAUCCAAUCGCAAGCGAGAAAAAAAAAACUCAGGUGCUCAGGGUAGAAUAUUUCGCUGUGACAUUUCUUCAUGAUAUAAUAAAAAAGGCGUCCUUUGCGUCCUGCAGGUGUACAAACAGACGGUAUAAGGAAACAAUUCUAGUUUGUUUUUCUUGCGUUAUGCGGUAAAAAAGCUUAGAAAUCUUUACGUGCCAGUUGUCAUUAAAACCCUGCCAUUUGCAAACAUUUCUUUUGAUGAUACCUCUGUCCUUUUUAGUGGUCAAGAUAUCGAUUUAAAUGAAAGCUGCUGUCUGAGACGUAUUUUCCACUGGUACUGUUGAUUAUGCUGUUCAAGGUGGUUCAAAUUUUGAGUCUUAAGAUGAAAUCCUUAAGUGUCGUCGUUCAUAUGAAAGCUACUGAGCAGUACUUUAACUUGGGAUUGCGCUUUUUUUUUUUCUUCAGUAUUUUAAAAAAUUAAAAUUUAAGGUAUUCUUGAAUGUUUUUCUUUCCACUGUCUAAGAAAUAUGUGAAACCCAGGUAGACUACGUCGAAAACAUGUCGACAGCAUUAGAAAACAGUCGGCUUUACUUAAAGUUCUCAUGAUUACUAAUGCAAUCUCUGAUGACUGCAAAAAAAUGCUUUUUGGCGAAACGGAGUACUUUUACCAGCGCAUUCCUAACAUCUAAGGUCCAUUUUUUAACUUAAAAUAUUUUCAGCUUUUAAUCGACACAUCUGAAAAAUUAUAGUGAGGGCGUAUAUUUUGUACGUGCUUUUAUGGCUGUUGUUAGACCUUUAAAAGAGAUAAGCAUUGUCAAAUUUGUCGUUUAAGUGAUCUUCUUUGUUGGACGUAAUAGCAGUUAUUUUUAUGCAAAUAAUUGUUUCUUGGCCAAAGUGUAAACACGUAAAAGUGCAUUAAACCUCCUCUGACAAAACGUUUGUAGUCGUGACAACGGUGAACAUUCGAACAACUUGCUUUUAUAGAAUAAUACUUCAUCAGGAUCAUAAUUUGAUAAAGGUACAUUUAUUCUUAUUACUGUUCUUUUUAGCCUUUUUUUUACAGAAACACUCUGACGUCCGUUUUCUGACUGAAAUCCGGCGUCGAACCAAUUUUUCAUCUAUAUAUUGUUUGUUACUUAAAUGGUUCUAAAAGUUUAUAUUUUGACCUUAAAUUGUCCAAUUGUUUCUUACCUCCGUUCAGACGAAACAAACUAAAAAUGGUUCGCUAAAAAACUGGCCAAGAUCGGAAAAUCCAUCGAUGAAUCAAUGUCGAAGAGUAACGACUUUCUUAAACUGCACUUUUCGGAGUCAAAGGGAUGUUUUAGUUGAAUUUUUUCUUUCGCGUUGUUCUCCGACGCAGUCUUUUAUUCGCCGCAAAGGUAAAAUUUUACUGACUGACUGACGCAGUUAAAAGUGAUGCAGUAACCGCUCGUGGACACGUAUGAAGCGUGCCGCUUAUCACCAGCUUUCACCAAGUUCAAUAUGUAAAUUUUUAAUUUCUCAAAUGUUAAUUUUUAAAAGGGCUAACAGGGUCUCGCUGUAACCGCUACAACAUGCGCUGUAUGAAAAACUUUUAUUGUUCUAGGCAAGAAUUUUCCGAGUUUCAAAGGUUGUGGCGUGAACUUUGGGUUUUCUAAAAAAUAAUGUUUCGACUGCAAGAAACGUUUGCUGUUAAAAAAGAUUUGUAUCGCGAGUUCUGGUCUUAAAUUCCUUUUUAUAAAAUUUUAUUUCUUCUUUGAACUCGAUGAGAGACAGUUGAUGUAGUAAAAUAAAACAAAAUUGUUGAAGAUGAUUGACACUAUCCUCUUUGAAUGAGAUCGUUUAUGUAAACGUAACUUGCACGUUGCUACGGCAACCGCGAUUUAAAAAGUCUGUUUAGGCAGGUUGUCGCGGGCCAGCAGUAAAUCCAGUGUCCUAGUGUAAUACAAGCCGUAGGAAUAUCUAUUUAUUUGCUUUUCAAAAGCAAAUAUUCAUCAUUUGCAAUUUUAGAAAUUUUACAGUUGCUGACGGUUGGUAAUACAAUUCGUAGGCUUCCCAUAGUUUGGUUUCCUGCCAAUUUAUUACUGCUUUUGUCACUGCUUUUGAAGUCAGGGCAUGAAAACUUUGAAACGAACAUGUCUUUCGAUUCGCGCACGAGUAUUAACUCUUUGCCAGUGUGUCACCAACUAAAUGAAUUUGUUGUUUUUAUCGAUUUUUGCCGUUGCUGAAAGACCUUUAUAGAUCCCGCUACAUAAUGGAGUUAGUUACCAAGCCGUAUCUCCGUUAGUUUCGUCAGUGUUUCAUCUAUAUUCUGAGUGAUUUUCAGUCUAAUUUUGAGACUAAAUUUUCUGUAAUUGCUUUAUAUGAAGCAACAUUUUCGUUUAUUUUGCUUUCGUUUUUUAGUGUUGCUGAAAUUCGUAUACCUGCUGAUACAGCCGUUUUUUAUGCAUGUAUUUUUUGCUUUGUCGUUUUUAUUUUUUUACUGAUUCAAAAUUUACCGAAACAGAUGCGAUUAUCAGCGGCAUUGGACAACCCGUGAAAUAACACAGUUGACACUCCAAGUGACGUCAAACGUUAUGAAUAUCAGCUGCUCGUUCUUAUAUUUCUGGUUUUGAGCUGCCGUAUCCACGGUAAUAAACAAACUUGUCGCUACAAAAUCCUUCGGUUGUCUUCGCCGUCCUUAUUUGUGUCGCAUCUAUCACACUGCCUUGGUUUAUUUGCGAGGAAGAGAAAGCUGUAAAGGUAUAAACCUUUGAAGAUACGAAACACAAAGCACUCGAGGUACACAUCCUAUUUUCUGAUCAUGCAUGCAGUAAAAUGUAAUUUUAAUGUGCAUUGAUUUGAAUCGGUUGAGAAACCCUGUGUGAAAUAUUAGAUUUUGAGCUGUUCUCUUUAAUUCAAGCCAUGGUGAAGUCCGUGAAAUCUGUGAUUUUCACGCCGUAACCACCUUAUCUCGAUUUUCUCUGAUGUCGGGUUGAAUACAAUGGCUUUAGCGCUGUAUUUCGUGUACGAUGUCAGUUGAAUUUCAACUGGUAAAUUUUGUAUUUUUGCCGAGUUUAAAUAUCCAAUAUUGGAACCUUCUUUCGUUGUUUAUCUUGAAUUGUCAAUUGAUAACACUAAGACUAUCAUUUCUGUGUGUGUGAUGAUGAUGAGGCGUUCAUUAUUGUAGUAAGUCGAUGUUGGAUGCUGCAUGCAAUAUUCAGAAUAUUGAAAAUGGCGACCCAUUUGAAUGUAAUAUCAAUCUUUUAUUGCCUUUCUGUUGACAGUUUUGUUUAAUUUUACCAGAAGAUUAACGCGAUCAAUUAUGUUCGUUAUUUUCUGAGAAAUGAGAUGUUUUGCGAGCAAAACCUUUUGCUAUUUAAACGAGCAUCAUACAGCAGACAAUAUCAUUUAAUAUUUCCAUGUACUGUCUUCACGAUCAAGCUGCUACGAGACCUUCGAGUUUUUCACAAAGAAAAAAUGUAAAAAAUUAACCUUUAUUCAGUGGUUUUGAGUGAAGCCAAUUCAAAGUAACAGCGUUUUUAACUGUUUCGACUGUUUGCCAUCGUGACCUCGUUAAAUGAUAAAGAAACAGUGAACUAAACUUUAAAACUUAGUUCGCCAUUUUAAACUGAUAUGUUUUAAACGAGAGACUAAUUAAAUUAAACGCUGUGGAUUUUGUUUUGAUUCAAGUAACCGUAGUGACAGCGAUUUUAUUCAUUCAUUUGUCCUAUUUUGAAGAAACUCUGAACCGGGAAUAAUAUUGGCGUUGGUCAUAAAAGUAGUUUAGGUCAGGAGUCGGCUCCUGUUUAGGUACUUGGUGUGGCAUCAAAAUAAGAUAUAGUGUUACUACUCGUGAUCUCCUAUUCAUAGUUUGUUGAGUUGGGUUGAUCUUAAAGAAAUAAUGUCUGUCGUAAAGUUAUUUCUUCAGAGAGACUGCAGAUCUAAACAAGAAUUGUUUAAAAAUGUUAGUGACAAAAUAUUGUCUACCAGCAUCUCACUUCUCAACAACUUCCUUCUUGAUUAUUUCUUUGUCUAGGUAUAAAAAUUUUAUUUGUAAAAUAUUAGAUCCAGCUGUGUCGGAAGCAUUUGUAACUGAGUAGGAAAAACUUCCGAAAAUUUCAUGGCCAAUAAUGCAUGAAUUAUAAACUGAAUAUUGCUUUCUUGACGUUUGUUUAAAGAUUUUCUCAUUUCUCGGGAAAUUGUUUUCAUGUAUUUCGUGAACACCGCAGUCGUGAUUACAUAAAAGAUUGUAUGUGCAUCCGGAAUUCACACAUGAAAAAAAAAAAACAAUUGCCGUAUUUAGUGUGUGACUGAACUGACAUGGGUUAAUUUUGAAGGUAUUGCCCAGUCUUUCCUUUGAUUUCACGCCACUCAGAAUUUAUUUCCUCUCGUCAAUUGACUAGAAAAUUGUAUACUCUUAGCUGAUUUUUAAUGUUACUUUAUUUUAGCGGUCAAAUUUGAUCGUGUAAAUCAUCCGUGUGAUAUCUGUUGGAUUAGCCGGGUCAAAACCUGGUGAAGAGGACUUUGUCUCCUCAACUUGCAAAAUAAAAUUCCUUCACGCGUACAGGUAUUCCAUGUAGUGCAUAUGCUCAGCUUCGUUUUCCCCUAGCGGCUAAUUGCGGCGUGUAAUUUACAACCUUGGGUAACAAAGAAAGGUCCAGAGAGCGAAUGUGAAGGCGGUGCUGCGAGCGAAGAGUCAUCGUUCAUACAAAAUGCGGUAAUAUUCAGGUUGACACGCGCAAUGGGUGCAAUGGCAUGCAUGGGAAGCGAUCUCCGUCAGCUAACAACUUGAAAAUGUACCCCGGAUAAGCGUGCAGUCAUUUCCAGUGUGCUUGUUAACACUGUGCUUGCAGUAUGUUUCCACGCUUUUUUCUUUUCCUUCUUGUAUUUACAUACUAAGAAUCUCCUGAUAUACCGUAAUAUCAGCAGAACCACUUUGCACAUAGUAACAAAAAGCAGAUUAUACCUGGAAUAGCCUGCGAGCAAGCUCUCCCGGGGGUCCCGGGGAGUACGGCGGUGGGAAAGGGCGCUCUGGCCCCGCCGCCAGAGUGCCCCGGGAGAGCUUGCUCGCAGGCUAUACCUGGAAGCUUUCAUUUGAACUUCACCCUAAAUGCUGAUUGAGAAACCCAAGAUAUCGGCAACUAAUCUUUGGUUAUUUGGUAACUUUAAGGUACCUGGACUGGACUCGGGCCACUCAGGAUGUAAACACUGCUCUCUCACACAACAAACCCCUCGUUUCAGUUCUGUUUGAUAAAUCUACCUGGGAACAGGAGGGACAUGAAUUGGGGUCCUUGUUAAAGGAUCACGGAGUGUGUCUGGAUUUGAGUGCUGGUUCAGGGAGUGCCCUCUCUCACCAGUACGAUCAGGGACAAGUGAGUCGGCUAAUCACUUACUGUAACGGGACUCUGUACGGCACCGGAGAUAUACACCCACCGGAACCUCCCCGCACUCCGGAACACGAGGCACAGGUAAGACUGCAUCGUUAAUUUACCUCCAAGUUUAAACCCAAGUUUCAAGAUACAAGGUGGAUUUUUUUAACAGCUAAAGUUAAGACGGUGAUGACGUGGAUACUGGCGCUUCCGUUGUAAAGAAUCUUAAAGUGGCUAUGUCCCACUAUUUGUUAUCUUUUUAGAACGCUAAAACCUGUCUUUGCAUCAAUUGAAUUUCCAAAAGUAAUGGUGCAGUUUUGUUAUUUACGACUGUAUGUAAGCAUUGAAACUGUUUUCAAAUUUUAAUGCUACGCCUGCAAAUAAAGACCCAAAAAGUUACUAUGGUUACUGCUGCCCGAUAAAAUUUGUUUGAGAUGUUCUUCACCACUCUACCACUCCCCGCCGGGUGCAUCUUGUGUUUAAGUAAAGGUAGUAAGUAAUGAUUGCAGCACACAAUUUAUCUAAGUUAUAGCCGGGCCCUCUAGGCCCCAUGCUCUCAUGCCCCAGGCCCUUCUUUAUUUCCAAAACUUUUCCAAAACCCUUGAUGCAAAGUGUAUUUCUGUUUGUUUAUACGCGCCAAGUUUCUAAAGCAUUUUUGGUGAUUUAGGUAAACAACGCGAACCUGGACUCCUCCUGUUCUCUGGAGGUGGAAACAGACCCUGUCCCCAGUAAACCGAAAACAAGCGUGGAAGUGGAUCGUAAGCCUUCAAAAACGGCAUCCGAUAAAAUAACCGAGGACGAAAAAGUCGCCGAGCAAAUCAGGCGCAUGGCCGCGAGUGCGGUAGCGGCAGCUGUCGCGGGCGCAACAGCCCAGCAGAUUUCCAAAUCAAAGCAUUCUACUCCCGCCAUAAAAGCAGCCGCUGCUGCUGCAGACGUUGCGCAGGCGGUUGCUAAUGGCAACAGUGACGGUGCCGCGCAGGCGGUCUCAAAAGUGGCAAAAAUUGUAGAGGACGAACGUCUUAGAUUGAACUCUAUUGCGUCACACAACGGCUCAGCUACCAGGCCUCCUCCCAAGAGUGCUACCUGUAUAUUACUUUAGUCUCCAGUCACCUGUUUUACAUUUACUGUGCCCAUCACCAAAGUCAAGUACUUUUGGGCGCAUUUCUCCUACGAUGUUAGGCAGCAAGUUCAAUUUGUAAAUAAGUAACCACUGUUUGAGAUACGUUGUCCAUGUAGCAAACUACUGGAGGCGAAAUUUCUCAUUUUAUCAUUGGUUUCUGAAAACUUCCUGCGGAAAAUAUCGCGAGAUGUUCGUGAAACUUGGAAGGAAAAAGUAAUAUGGCCAGAACACAAAUUAAUGGUUAAGGUGAACACGCGGCUUAUGAAGCUUUCUAGCAACCUAGGCGUAUCGUCUUUUGAUUUUAUAGUAUAUUAAGGAAUGUGGUUCAGUGUUUCAUCAACACGAAAGAGGUCAGGCCUUAAUGUUUGGUACAGUGCAGCUUUAGAUGAGGCAAGAUAAGUAAUUUCAACGUGGGUUCCUGACCGAGUCAUCCUCGGAGACCCAGGGGCAGAUAGUGGGGACGAGGGAAAGUCUAAACGGGCGGAAAAAUGUGGCACGAAGAAAAGUAAAGAACGGCGAGAAGAGCCCCUGGGGACAAUGUCUUACCAGACCAGUUCCAAACGGUUGGCGCCGUUCUGGCUUCAGAACGGUGGUGACCGUUUGAACUUUCUGGCAAGACAUCAGUCCCCAGGGCUCUUUCUCGCCGUUCUUUACUUUUCUUCGUUCCAUAUAUAUUUUCCCGCCCGUUUAGACUUUCCCUCGCCCCAACUAUCUGCCCCUGGGUUUCCGAGGAUGUGACCGAGUGAAAAUUAGGUUGUUGAGGACAAGGAUUUGCCAAGUUCAUUACUGCGCUUUUCACAAACAUGCGAAUUCUGAAGUUCAAAAGCCAACUGACGAUUGCGUUUUUGGCUGCCGUCAAUCAUCUUAACGGACUUUAAUUUAACAGGUUCAAAAGGUCAAGAUUUGUGAUUUGUGAUUGGUGGAUUUCGAUCCGUUUUGUGUGUUUCUGUGUUUCAAGGUUCGUUGCUUGUGAUCGUAAUUAUGAUUGACGGCAGCGAAAAACGCAAUUGUGAAGGCGGCUUUUGAACUUUAGAGUUCGCAUGUUUGUGAAAACGCAGUAAGUACAGCUGUAGGUCAUCAGACUUUCACCAAAGUAUAGUGAGAUUUUAAAGGAUACACCUGAAACCGCUGGACGAAAAUUUUAAUCGUUUGGAGUUAAGACACAUUAUGAGAAAAGAGCUAGAUUGUUUUCUCAUUGCCGAUAUACUUGUAACUUCAAAUAGUUUGAACGUUUAUUAACGGCAUCGUUAGUAACGAGGAAAGCAAGUGAUUCUAAAAUGCAAUGAAUUAUUGAAUUUUGGUCAGAGAAAAAAACUCAGCGAUUGUCAAGUUCACAUGGGGUGUCACGUCAGGCCUUGACGUAUUUUCUAUCAUUGUCUUUUCAGUGUUAGGUAACGUGUGUUAGUUAAGGUAGUCGUUCCAUUAUUGGGCUAUUCAACGCCUGGUUUACUCAUAUAACGCAAAGAAAAGCACAAGCAUCACAUGAAGACAUGACUGUGAAUGAACCCAACGAAAGGUAGAUCAUUGCGCCUGCGUGUGUUGCACGUCCUUUUACUUGCGUCGUAGGAGCUAUUGGGUAUUACUCGUUCUUUUUUCACGGGCGUUUACACCUGCUUAUCAAGUGUUCACUUAGUAUCAGUUGCAGGUUUCUUUUUCAGUGCGAUUGGCUGAUAAAUCUGCAAUCAGUAUCCUGUUACCCUGUUACGUUAACUUCACCUAACGACAGUUGUAAGAAAAACUUCCUUUCAAACCAAACUCGAAGUUUUAAGUUCACAGCCAAUCAGGAUUCCUUAGUUUAUACGUAAAUUUGAAUUGAUAGUGGGGUUUGUAUUAUUUGUCGAAAUAGAAUUCUACGUGCACAAAACGUGUUUGUAGCGUAUUUGUCGUGGUUUAAUUUUAUCUUUGGUUCAUUUUUUGUUAACCUUUGUUUCAAACUCAUUGAUACAUUUACCAUACCCAAAAACAAAAAAAAGGUCGAAUUUCAACCAAGGAUUAAAUUAAACCACAACAUAUUAAAUAAUUGUAAAUAUCAAAUUUUUGGCGAACAAAGUUCUACAAUAUUAUCCAGAGAGAGAGAAAAAAACUUAAUAUAUUGACCUUGAAGAUAAAUUAAUAUUAAUUUAUUUUCUUUCAUAUUUGUAUUUGAUUCAUUUUUUUAUCAUUUUAAAUUGAGCACUUCCACCCAAGUGAUUACAUUUCUACUGGCGUAAAGCUAAAAAAUCCAGUCGCAAAGUUCUAGAAAAUCAGUUUAAUUUCUGUACUCUUAGUUCUGGUGCCUUUUGUGGUUUGUUUUGUUUGUCAAAGCGAUGUGAGUGCGUUUUGUACAUCUUCUCUGUACCAGAAUUCUAGUUAAUAAAUCAUACUAUGUUUAAGCGUUACGUUCAGUUGAACUAAAUAUGCCAAGUAUAAUAAAAAAUCCAGCUCCC